GAGAAAUAAAAAGCUACCGAGGGUCCAGAAUCCUUUAGGGGAUCUAAGGAGUAUUUUGCUUGGGGUAGAACAUAUUUUCCUUGGAUCCUUAUUUCGAGCGACCACGGACUAUGGUCAGAAAUCCAGAUGGCAAAGUAGAUAGCGUAAGGAGGGUGAUUGGGAAGGUUGGGGCGCCUUCGACGUUCUUACCCAGAAUAUACAAUUACAUCGUCGAGGAAGAAACAGGCGUUGACGUCUGUGAGAGCGGUAAAUUUAUUAAGAUAGAUAAGAAGAUGCUCAAGUCGCAACUGCAGAAGGAGCUGAGAUUGAACAAUGAUGGUAUACCAGCAGAAGAACUAAACAGCAAAUUCCCAAAUGCAGUUUGCUGUGGCUCACUUCCUUCAACACAUAUUUGA